ACACGCGCGUAGGUGGUCUGUUUUCGUCCUUUAUUUCGUAAAGUUAUUCCUUCGCACGAAUUAUACAUUGCUAAAGUGAUGCAUCUCUCGCGAUUGAAUAUUUCGCGAUCCGCGAGAAACUGAUCGAAGAUGGUUUCGCAUGAGUGAACAACAAUACGAUCAGUUGUAAAUUUUCAUGUAAGAUCUGACAUGAGGCUUUGAUUUUUGGAGUAAAAAUUUGAAUGGUCUAAGGAAACGAUAUGGAGGACUUCAAUGAUGGCUGUAUCGAAGGCAAUUUAGCCAGCCGAAUGCGUAAAGUCGACUCCGAACAGUUUGACACCAUCGUCAGAAUGCACCUGUCUUUCGAGCUUGAUGAGCUCAAUACUGACGAGAAUGAUAUAGGUACAGAAAAAGCGAAACUAAAAAAGUGGAGUUUAUUGAAUUUUUCAAAAAAGCCCAAGUCAACAGGAAGUUUACAUAAAGAUGGAGAGGCAGUUGCUUUAACAAAAGAAGCAAUCAAUCAAUUGAAACAACUGAUAAAAUAUUUAUCUAAAGAAGACUGUAUAAAUACAGAAGGUAUUUUUAGACGCACUGGAAAAUUAACCAGACAGCAAGAACUUAAAAGUGCUUUUUAUCAAAAUUUACCUUUGAAUCUUGAUGAAGGAAUGUAUACUGUACAUGACUGUGCAUCAGUCUUGAAAGCGUUUCUAGCAGAUUUACCAGAGCCACUCUUAACAGAUUCUCAUUAUCUGAUUCAUUGCAAAAUUACUGAAUAUUAUAACAAUGGAGAUCAUAGCAGGGUUCUAAGAUCUUUACAGUUACUUUUGCUUCUAUUACCUGUACCAAAUAGAAUUGUAUUGAAACAUAUUCUUGGGCUUUUAAAGAAGACAGCUGAACAUGAAAAUAGCAACAAAAUGAAUUGUGAUAGUCUUGCAACAUUAUUUACCCCACAUUUAUUGUGUCCCAGAUCUUUAUCUCCAACGGCAUUACAUAUGAAGGCACAGCAAUUGUCAGGGCUAGUUGCAUUUAUGAUUAAUAAAGGGACUCAAUUGUUUGAAAUUCCACAAAAGCUUUCUAUGGAAAUAAGAACUUUCUGGGUUAAACAAGAGAAAAAAUUGCUGAGUCCUGAGCAACAAGAUCCAAACGAAUCGACGGCAGACACAACAGGAACGGCGCACACAGUUUUUAGUUUCGUAGAUCGUAACGCAACUGCUAAAGCGACAGAAGCACAAGAUACACAAGCUGCACUGGCUCAAUUGUACGCAUAUAUCCAAUCAAUGCCGGAGUCAGCGAAAAAACGAAAACUUGUUAAACAGUUUAAUAAAGAAAAUGGUCAAGGAACACCACGCCAUAUUAAACAUGGUAGCGGCAAAAGUUUUGGCGAUUCCAUUAAAAAGCGCAUUUUUCAAAAAAAAUUACAAAUAAAAAUGACCGACGUCAAAUUGGGAUGCAAUUUUAGCAGGUCGAGCAGUGAAGAAAAUAUGGUUUCCAAUACGUCGUCAUUGAUACCAAAGAUGUUUAGCAAGUCGGAGGACGAACUCAGCGACAUGGAGAGUUACGACGUCCUCCAACGGGAGAAUCUCACGAAAGUGAAACAUAUUAGUAAUAGUACAGGCAGUCUUAAUCCAAGUUUGACGACUCGCAAAAAGAAGCCUACAGUUAUUCUCAAAAGCUUCCUCAACAUCUCCGAGCGUUCUGUAACGAAUAGUCCGAGCACGUCGAAAAAGAGCAAAAAAUUUAAAAUAUCCAGGUUCUCUAGGCACCGAAGUGAACCACCCGACAUGUAUUCAUCGCAGAUAAUUGUGAAAGAUGUAGAGUUAAUGCGACAGUCAUCUGAAUCUGCAUUAACCAGUAUAAGAAGGUCGAGUCUCGAUACUAAGAGUGUUGAGAAAUCGCCACAGGGAAAAUCUGCGUCGAUAGUUUCAGGUUACAAAUUUAGUGGAGAAAAUCCUGGAUUGUUGCUAUCUCCAACAACAAAAAAUAAAUUGAGAUGUCUUUACGCUGCACACACUUCAACACCGUCGAAUCUGCUGAGACAGAGUUUAGCGAAUGAUUAUAUUCUAACUCCUAUCACUGACGAUGAUAAGAGCAUGAGUCCUAUUACGCAGAGCGCUACUAAAAUGACCAAAGCUAUGCAGGAAACAAUGAUGACACCAAGAUCUCGUAAGCCUGUUGUGAUGGUAUCGACAUCAAAUCUCUGUGGAUUGGCAAAUUUACAAAAUGGUUCAAUGCAAUACGAUUCCACUAAUAGUCUACAAACAUCAAAUUAUGAAAUGAUCAACCGGCGAAACUACACUUCUAUCAUUGAAGAAUCACCGACCAUUAGUUUAAACUACAUAUCCAAAACCUCAUCAGAAAACAAAGAGAACAUGAAAAGAAUCGAGGAUAUUCCCGAGGAGCAAAGUUUUCUCACGUGUGUCGACGAAAUGUACGGCAGUACAUUACAAAAAAGCGCGACCUUGUCCGUAACAAAUACCUACGUUUAUCCUUCACGUAGCGUAUUGACGGCGAGUCCAGUAGACUUAAGUUUCACAUCAAGAACAGGAGACUUCGAACAAUCAGAGUCAGAUCUGAAUAUUCUGCAAGAAGAAGGUAACAAUCCUAGUUCAGAUACCUCAGGUAUCGCCUCAGGAAGUCCGAACAGCGCCAACAACUCUGCAGAAAAAAAUGGCGUUGACGAAAGAUCAGCUCCGUCGCUGAGGAAACGCUGUACGAGCCUUCAACGUAACGACUUUAAACGUUCGUUCAGAGAUGAAUCUAUCUGCGAUAGGGUUAAAUUACUUAAGCAGAAGCAGUUGAGUGAAUCGACACUCAGUUCAGUCAGAAUUAAGGAUUCGCUUCCAGAGACAUCCUUCUAAUCACGUCAGUUGAAUACGUAGUAUUUUAAGUAACAAAAAACUUGUAGUGGCAACAAAUUAUUGUUAGAUCUGUCACUUCUAAGUUAUAGACGCACUUUUAAAUUCACAAGAGAUGACUUGCUAUGCAUAGUAGCAAAUAUUUUAAUAAUUUU